UGUUCUCGCGAGAGUUUCAUGGAGACCCUUGGAUUUCUCCCACGGAAUCCCCUCCAGUCUUUCUCUUUUCCCCUCAUCGAAAAUGGCGGAGGCAGCACAGACCGAGAGGGCUUUCCAGAAGCAGCCCACCAUCUUCUUGAACAAGAAGAGGGUUCUGGGCAGCAAGAUUAAGAAGAAGGACAUGCGCUAUGUCAGAAAUGUCGGUCUGGGCUUCAAAACUCCCAGAGAGGCUAUCGAUGGGACGUACAUUGACAAGAAGUGUCCGUUCACCGGCAACGUGUCGAUCCGUGGGCGUAUCCUGAGGGGCAUCGUGGUGAAGCUGAAGAUGCAGCGCACCUGUGUCAUCCGCAGGGACUUCCUCCACUACGUCAAGAAGUACAACCGUUUUGAGAAGCGCCACAAGAACAUCUCUGUGCAUCUCUCCCCUGCCUUCAGGGAUGUGGCGCUAGGUGACGUGGUGACUGUCGGAGAGUGUCGGCCACUCAGCAAGACCGUGCGGUUCAACGUCCUGAAGGUCACCAAGCGACAGGGCAGCCAGAAAAGUUUCGCCAAGUUCUAGAUGAAAAUUAUGUCACAAAUAUAAAAAAAGAACCUCACAA